UAUGAGUGACAUUAUCAUGAAUGGUGUUUUUCAGCUUGGCGAAUAUUCCCAUGAAAUCACUCGAUAAAGUAACACUGCUGUAGGGAUACAGGAUUUAGAAUGACAGAGAGGAAUGAAACAGUAUGGAGAUUCGUACUGGCUGGUGCAUCUUGCAUGUCAGCAGCUGCAGUUACAAAUCCCAUUGAUGUAAUAAAAAUCCGCAUGCAGUUGGACCAGGAGCUGUCAUCAGAGAAUAAAAUAUCAGAAAUUUUGAAGGGGCGAUACUACCGGGGAAUACUUAGGGGUGGUGUGAAAAUCGUCAGAGAUGAAGGAUUAGCAGGGUUGUAUAAAGGACUUCCAGCGUCAUUAAUGCGUGAAGGUAGUUAUAGUACGAUACGACUAGGUGCUUAUGAACCAUUGAAACAAUUGUUUGGAGCCACAGACCCCUCACAUACUCCUUUAUGGAAAAAAAUAUGUGCUGGGGCGAUUUCAGGGGCAAUAGGAUCUGCUAUAGCCACGCCCACAGACCUCGUGAAGGUGCGGAUGCAGGCUUGUCGGCAUAUUACAGAAGGAAAUGCUGACAGAGCUGGCAAAAGAUACAAAAACACCUUAGCUGCCUUCAAAGAGAUCUGGGGCCAUGAAGGACUGCGCGGUCUUUACGUAGGCAUGGGACCUACAGUACAGAGAGCGGCAAUACUUACAGCUACUCAGAUACCAUCGUAUGAUCACACGAAACACACCAUAUUAAAUCACGGGUGGAUGGGAGAGGGAGUGCCGCUCCAUCUAACAGCGUCCAUGAUUGCCGGUUUUGUCACUGCCUCGACUACGUCACCAGUUGACGUCAUCAAAACGCGAAUCAUGAAUCAGAAGAGUAAAGCCACCUACACAAAUUCAUUUGACUGUGCAAUAAAGACACUGAGAGCAGAAGGAUUAUUUGGCCUCUACAAAGGAUUCAUACCCAACUGGAUGAGAAUCGGACCCCAUACCAUUGUUACAUUCUUCAUAUUUGAGCAGCUGCGGAAGGUCAUUGGUAUGGCGCCUGUCUGAUAGUAGCCGGAGUAGUUCACUUUAUCGUCCAUAUUUGGGGGACACUAUCAUCGUUAAUAUCAUCAAGAUGAAAUCAGAGGUUCAUGUUGGCUUCUCCAGCUCGCGCUUCCUCUAUCUUGCGCAGGGACCAUUCACCCCUCGACAGUGGAUGCGUAAAUAACGGACUUCGGAAGUUAACCAUGACCAUCCAUAAAUGUAUUGCAAUGUUCAUGUAUUGAGAUAUUUGGAGUUCGAUUUUUAUGCAGGAUAUUAAGCAUCUUUUCGAUCCUGUGAUAUAAUGUUACAUAUAUUUGCAUGAAUCUCACUAUGGCAUCAGUAAUGUAUGCAUUUUAGGGGCUCCACAUGUGUUAUGCAGAUUGGCGCCGUUUGUCCUUAACGACUCAUCAUGACUGACAUGAUUACGCCAAUAAAUCGGCAUCACAGGGAUAGGCAUAAUUUCUAUAGCUAUUGCUUUUAAAAUAUACUAUCACUACUGAUGUAUACUAUAUACAUGUAUGUCGGUAUUUUAAUGAACUAAAUUCGGGUUUGAAUCGCCGGACAGUGUACAUAACCCUGUAUGUACGGUGUACACACAUAACUCUGUAUGGAGGUAGGCCUAUGAUGGCUCUGAAAGUAUUAAUAACCUUCGUUUUAAUCACUGAUCGGCGAUUGUGUUAGUCAGGAAGUAGUUUUUAUGUGGUUUACGUUUGAUAAUUAAUACACGAUAAUUCAUCUGUAAUGACGUAUA